GAGGUUCAAGUUCAACACAAGAAGGUGGGUUUCCAGUUACAAAAUUAUGAAUUUAUUCCUAAAGCGUUGAGAAUUUAAAAAUUAAAAAGAAAAAAGAAAAGCUGAGAUUUAAAAAAAAAAAAAAUAAAUAAAACAAAGAGAGAGGGAAGCGAGUACUGAGUGGGGUACUCUGUCUUGUCCCUUACCUUUUGGGAUUUGGCCUCGCGCUCUCUUUCCCUCUCACUCUUUCUCCCGCCGCCGCGCUUGCUUGCUUCUUCUUCUUCUUGUUCGACUUUGAGGUUUCUGCAACUGACUUUUCUGAUAUUUUUCUCUGACAACUUCCCUCAGCUCAGUUGGUAUACAUAUAUAUAUAUAUAUAUAUUGCCUCUGUCUGCGCCUUUAAAAGUGAAAAUGGGUUCUGGAGCUUGCACGAAUCUAAUCGAGAAUAGUGUAGAUCUAUCAACAAGUUCUUUCGAAAAAUUGAAUGAGGUUAGUGUUGUUGAAUCUCAAAAGGAUGUUGUUGAAGCUCCAGCAUUGUUGGCAGUUUCAGAGGAGACAAGGUCAUUAGGGCCUAUUACUCCUGAUUCUGAUCGAGAGAAUGUGGAUUUCCCUAUUGCUCUCAGCUCUCCACCCUCCUCUGCUAAGAAUAAAAUUACCGAUCUUCCUUGCUUCGACUUUGAGACUGACCGAAAUGAGGAAAGCUCUUUUCGUUCUGAUGGUUAUGAUAGCCCCCACACACCAAGAAAAGAUGUUUUUAAUCCCUUUGAACCUUGUCCUGAAGACAUGGUAUUGGCACCCCGGUGUAGAAAAUUCGUGAAUAGAUCGAAGAACCUUUGUGGGCGGAAGCUGAGUUUUGACUCUUCCAACGAUGUCUCUGAAGAGAAAUGUCAGGAGGCUAAUGCAUUUUUUAUUUCCGACGAAGAGAUCAUUAAAGCUGUGUAUGAAAAUCUCUGGGAAACUAUUGUGUCAAUGCAUGUAGAGGAUGUUCUUACCAGGAGUUCAAGUAUUGAAUGGGAUUCUAAUCACUACAAAACACCUCCUUCGGCACCACGUGUAAAUGAAAUUGCUGAUACUUGUCCUGGGGCUCCUAUGAGGCCCACAGGGAAUUCAAGAAUAAUCGAUUCAGCAUUAUGCAGGAGGCUUCAAUUCUCACCUUGAUGCUUUGUCUCAGUUAUCUACAAGAGAAAUGGAAAGAAAUUGGUAUCUAAUUCCAGUAGAUGCAUCAUGUUGCUAAUCCUGAAACUAACAUCCGAGCUGACAGAAUAUGAAUCUGUGGUUCUGGAAAAUUAUGCCAAUGGAAACAGCUGACAAAGUUUCUUCUUCGGUAAUUUUUGUAUAGUUUGACUUGUUAACGUUAUUUGUAUGUUGAAGUUAGUCUCUCUAUUUGUAGAUCAGAUUUUAUUCGUAGAAGAAUUGUAGAAAGCUGCCUGUGUUCAACUUAUGUCGCAGCACAUGCACAUUAUAAAAUUAGUUUACCAAAAUCAUGAUAUCUCUAAAUGACAUUGUUCCAUGGAGAUUUUCUUGCCAAGAA